AUGGCCGCAAAAGCAGAGCUCUCAAGCUGGCCAGAAUACCCGGAGGAUUUCUCUCUGCUGCAGCAGCGCAAUUUGGCGCACAUCAACUCCAAAACGUGGAUUUCUUCAAACUCAAUCCGUGCGUUCUCAAGGAGGGACGCAGCCGCAGACGCAGGCGGCAUCCCGCUGGAGAAACUUGUGCCAGUGAGUAAACUCCCUGACUGCGUUUCUGCUGCAGGCAUCUCAGACUCAGACGCCAGCAAGGCAGCAGAUGGAGGCAAGAUGAGCCACUUCGGCCCUCAGAGACACAGACGCGUGGCAGCCAACGCCAGGGAGAGGAGGAGGAUGCACGGCCUCAACAAAGCUUUUGACGAGCUUAGGAGCGUCAUCCCCUCCCUGGAAAACGAGAAAAAGUUAUCCAAGUAUGACACCCUCCAAAUGGCGCAGAUCUACAUCACGGAGCUGUCUGAGCUGCUGGCCGGAGUGGUUCAUCCGGAGUGCAGGAGUCCGCGUCAGGGCGCAGCGGACAAGACUUCCAGGAGGAGCCUGAUUCACUCUAUAAGGCCAGCAGCCAACACGCAGACCCCGAACCCGCUGACUGGAGAGCAAAGAGACCCCUCCAACUCCAUCAGCCACCUGAUUAUACUGGGACCUACAUCUGACUUGGAGUCCAACAAAUCAGGCACCUCAUCCAACAGCAGCGAGGAUGAAUCUUAAGACUGUCAGUGCCAUG